GUGGGAGCACAAGUGCAGCGACCAGUGGGGCUACAGCUGGUGCCAGGAGAAGACGAUGGCUUGCCCCAUCACCUGCGCUGACGACGAACAGGACUGCUGGAUCACACCAUAUGGUGCCGACGGCUUUCCGGACUGGAGUGCCAGCUACAACCAGACCUGCCACCCGAUCGACCA